UUUGGGUUUUUGUGUUCUGUUUAUCAGAUUUCUAGGGUUUGACUUUUUUUUUUUUUGAUUUGGUAUCGCUGUUCUUAUGUGAUUUUGUGUUUUGGGUUUUUAGUCACUAACAGUUUGAUCAUGCUAAAUACUCGAACUUUAGUUCGUUGUGGGGCUUUAUAUGUCAUGUAAUCCAUCUCUUCGUUCUUGUAAAGGGUUCGGUGUAAGUUGUUGAUAUGAAUUUUGAAGUUUAGGUUAACUGCGGAUUUGCUUUCUGUCAAGGUUAUUCAGAUUUGAUGAAUUUAUGGUUCAUGAAUUGGUACAAACCCAGAUGUCGAUUUGAAACGAAUUCAAUUUCAAUUGAAGAUUGUACUUGAUUUGCUGUACAAAUUUUCAAGAAUUACUGUACCCUUUAAUCGACGCAGAUGAUAGAGCAACAGUCGGUUCAGUUUAUGUAGUUUGAAUGAACACAAGAAUUUGUAAUAUCACUGCAUACACUGAUAUGAAAUUCUGGAUAAAAUACCUGUUUGAUUUGGAUUUUUGGAUCAUUUGAGUCUUUCUUUAACCUGUUUCGUUUUUAGCCUUUCUUGUUUUACAAAUUUAUAGUGUUUGGUACCUUUCAUUUUGUAUCUCCUUUUGAUCGUUGUAUGAUUUAGACUUUUUGGGUGUUUGUUGUUAAAAUCACCUAUCUAUCUGUUACAUCUCUGUGAAAUUUUUGGCUUAAAUGAUAUGAAUAUUGUUGUAUUAGAAAGAAAUUAGAAACAAAUCAAUGUCUCGAAAAGGUUCAAUUACACUUAUUGUUUUAAAGUUUCUAAAUUGACAGUUUCCUUUUGGUGAUAAAUAAACAUUCAGGUUUGCUUUCAAACUAAAUUGCCAUAAAUGGCGAUAGUUCCAUCAAAGAAAAUGAUUGCAAUUUGCCAAUAUGGUGGUGAUUUUGACACCCAUGAUGAUGGUUCCAUGACUUAUGCUGGAGGUGAAGCAUAUGCUGUUGAUCUUGAUGAAAAUAUGCAAUUAAGUGGUUUCAAACAAGAAAUUGCAGAAACUAUUGAUUCAACUGUAGAUGGAAUGGUUGUUAAGUAUUUCUUGCCUGGAAACAAAAAGAAUCUCAUAACUGUUUCUAAAGAUAAAGAUUUUCAAAGAAUGGUGAAUUACUAUAAAGAAGCAGAUCAACUUGAGGUCUUUAUUAUGAAAGAAGCCCCUAUGGGUAAAAAUGUCAAGAAAAAACAACCAGCUCGGAGGCCGCAAAAGACACCACAGAAGGCGACGGAAACAACCGCAGUGGUUCAAGCGACUCCAAUUCCGGCCUCAAUUCCGGCCUCGAACAACGCGAUCGCGCUCAACGAGCCAAUCGACAUUGAAACGACCACCGAAAUCAUUCCGGGAGCGGUUCCGAUCUCCGCGAAUCCGUUUCCGAUGGCGGUCAUUGAUUCCGACCAACGCAUGGCUGCCAAGCAAUGGGAGAAUCUCAUCACCGGAGUCGGCCAACGAUUCCAUUCCCUCGCCGAAUUCCGCGAAGCCCUCCGCAAAUUCUCAAUCGCCCACGCCUUCAACUUCGUCUACAAAAAAAACGAAAACCAACGCGUCACCGUAAAAUGCAAAGCCGAAGGUUGUCCGUGGAGAAUCCACGCCUCGAAACUCUCCACAACUCAAUUAGUUUGCAUCAAAACAAUGCGACCCGUUCAUAAUUGCCAAGGUGUCACUUCAAAAGCACCGUUUCGCGCAAAACGAAGUUGGGUUGGGAAUUUAAUAAAAGAAAAAGUAAAAGAAUCACCGAAAAUCAAACCGAAAGACAUCGCGACCGAACUUAAACGCGAUUACGGGAUCGAUUUAAACUACUCGCAAGCGCGUAGGGCGAAAGAAUACGCGCGCGAACAACUUCUAGGAUCGUAUAAAGACGCGUAUUCCGAACUCCCGUUUUUUUGUGAGAAAAUAAUGGAAACGAAUCCCGGAUCUCUCGCCACAUUCAGCACGAAAGAGGAUUCGAGUUUUCAUCGUCUUUUCGUGUCUUUUCACGCUUCGAUUUCCGGUUUCUUACAAGGAUGCCGCCCGUUGCUCUUCCUCGAUUCCACACCGUUGAACUCGCGCUACCAAGGGAUGUUGUUGACCGCCACGGCGGCCGACGGUGACGACGGGGCGUUUCCGGUGGCGUUCGCGGUGGUGGACGAAGAGACGGCGGAGAACUGGCGGUGGUUUUUGACGGAGUUGAAGCUCGUGGUGCAUACGCCGGGGCAAAUUACGUUUGUGGCGGAUUUUCAAAAGGGGUUGAGGGAGUCUUUGAGGGAGAUAUUUGGUGGGGAGUGUUAUCACGCGUAUUGUCUUGGGUAUUUGGCGGAAAAAUUGAAUAAGGAUUUGAAAGGGCAUUUUUCACAUGAUGCGAGAAGGCUUAUGGUGGAGGAUUUAUACGCUGCUGCGCAUGCACCGAAGCUUGAAGCGUUUGAGAAAUGUACGGAGGAUAUUAAAGCGAUUUCACCUGAAGCGUAUAAUUGGGUUAUUAGAAGCGAACCUGAACAUUGGGCCAAUACGUUUUUUGGUGGGCUAAGGUACAACCACAUGACUUCAAACUUCGGGCAUCUAUUCUACUCAUGGGUAUCGGAAGCGAACGAGUUACCAAUAACACAAAUGAUCGACGAGUUACGAGGCAAAAUGAUGCAACUCAUCUACACUCGCCGAGUCGAGUCGACUCAGUGGUUAACUCGGUUAACUCCAUCCAUGGAAGAAAAACUCAAAAACGAGAUCAUAAAAGCGCGAUCGGUCCAGAUCCUGCGGUCCCACGGGAGCAAAUUCGAGGUGAGGUACGGUGAAACGGUGGAUAUUGUGGAUAUAGAGAAUUGGGAUUGUAGCUGUAAAGGGUGGUUGCUGACUGGACUGCCAUGCUGUCAUGCGAUUGCUGUGCUGGAAUCUUAUGGGCGGAGCCCGUAUGAUCAUUGUUCGAGGUAUUUUCAUGUGGAAACGUAUCAGUCCACUUAUGCUGACUCGAUUCAUCCGAUUCCAAAUGUGGAAAGGUUGGUGGAUAGUGAGGCGGAGGAUGGGGCGGUGUUGGUGACACCGCCGCCCACCAUGCGGACUCCGGGCAGGACAAAGAUUAGGAAAGUGGCAGCUGGAAGGAUCGGGCCGUCGGAUUUCUUGAAAAGGCAGUUGCAGUGUGGGAAGUGUAAAGGGCUUGGACAUAAUAAGAGAUCAUGCAAAGAGAUUGAGGAAUAA